CAACCUGCAACUGAACGAAUGAACUAACGGACGACCGAGCCCCUACCGGAGCUACCGGGAGGCAGUCGAGAGUUACAGAGCGAGUCCCCGCUGCCCGCCUCGGAGGAGCCAAAAACGGAGGAAGAUCCGCCGUGAGCCGCCGCGAAAACCCGGUGCUGGAAUCAAACGAUGCGAGCGCUGCUCACCGCCGCCAAGUAACGACCAGCCGACUGUCGACGAGCGGAGAGGAAGAGAACCGUUACCGUGAUUUACCGACGGAAACGCGCGAAGGGAGACGAAGGACGGACGGACCACCACCGAGGCCACGCUAGAGAAACGGAACGACUGCGUUGGAUCAACCCGAGAGGAUCCUGAUUUAAUGCGUUAACGGCGCUUGAGAGCGCGAGAGAGGGAGCUGCCCAGAGCCAGAGGAAGAGGCAUCAAAGGAAAGGAAAAGGAGGAAAUUAACCAAGACAGACAAAAAGAAGAAGAAAAGAUUUGCAACCAGCUUUUUGGUUCCACGCGCAAGUGUCAUUGAAUACACCUUUUUAUUGUUUUUCCCUUCUUCUUUUUCUUCUUCCGUGGGUCCCGGUAUCGGUUAAGCUAUCAAGCUGUGUUCUCUAACCAUGGGAUGUACUCUGAGCGCAGAGGAGAGGGCGGCUCUGGAUCGGAGCAAAGCCAUCGAGAAGAACCUCAAGGAGGACGGAGUCACCAUGGCCAAAGACGUGAAGCUGCUGCUGCUCGGGGCUGGAGAGUCAGGGAAAAGCACCAUCGUCAAACAGAUGAAGAUCAUCCACGAGGACGGUUUCUCUGGCGACGACGUGAAGCAGUACAAACCUGUCGUUUACAGCAACACCAUCCAAUCUCUGGCUGCCAUCGUCCGUGCCAUGGAUACACUGGGCCUGGAAUACGGAGACAAAGAACGGAAGGCGGAUGCUAAGAUGGUGUGUGACGUGGUCAGUCGUAUGGAGGACACAGAGCCUUACUCCGCCGAGCUGCUCGGCGCCAUGAUGCGCCUGUGGUCCGACUCAGGCCUCCAGGAGUGUUUCAGCCGCGCCCGCGAGUACCAGCUCAACGAUUCAGCGCAGUACUACCUAGACAGCCUAGACCGGAUUGGUGCCACCGACUACCAGCCCACGGAGCAGGACAUCCUGAGGACCAGAGUGAAGACCACGGGCAUCGUCGAGACACACUUUACCUUUAAAAACCUCCACUUCAGGCUGUUUGAUGUGGGAGGUCAGAGGUCGGAGAGGAAGAAGUGGAUCCACUGUUUUGAGGAUGUCACAGCUAUCAUUUUCUGUGUGGCGCUCAGCGGAUACGACCAGGUGCUGCAUGAGGACGAGACCACGAAUCGCAUGCACGAGUCUCUGAUGCUGUUCGACUCGAUCUGCAACAACAAGUUCUUCAUCGACACCUCCAUCAUCCUCUUCCUCAACAAGAAGGAUCUGUUUGCAGAGAAGAUCAAGAAAUCUGCGCUCAGCAUCUGCUUCCCCGAAUACACAGGACCCAAUACCUAUGACGACGCAGCAGCUUACAUCCAAGCACAAUUCGAGAGCAAGAAUCGCUCUCCAAAUAAGGAAAUCUACUGUCACUUGACCUGCGCCACGGAUACAGGAAACAUCCAGGUGGUGUUUGACGCUGUGACCGACAUCAUCAUCGCCAACAACCUCCGAGGGUGUGGCUUGUAUUGAGCUCGCCCACACACCCCGUAAUGUCGUCCCCCUUUUGUCCCCUCUUUUCUCUCGCCCCUCCUCUCCUCAUCCUCCCACUUCGUUCCUGUUCCUUUGACACUGCUGUGGAAAUGAUGAUGACGAUGAUGAUUCUGCUGAUUAUUUAAAGAAAAAAGAAAUAAAAAUGCAACUAGGUACAUAUUAAUAAUGAGGAUAAUAAUAAAAAAUAGGCAUACGUAUAUAUAUAUAAAUAUAUAUAUAUAUAUAUAUAAUGUUUUUAGUUCUUGUAUCUUCUCCUCACGCUCCGACUUCUCCUUCUGAUGACUAUUGGCCUGCUGCCAAGCAGACAAAUUUGUUUUAGUAGAAAACACGAAUCCUGAAGCCUUGAAAACUUCUUGAACAAAGUCAAUGAAACCCUGCAUUCCCCGUCCUCCUCUCUUUUUCUUUCUCAGCUGUGUCUUUUGUUGUUAACAAAAACAAAACCUGUACCUUUUUUUUGGCAGACUUUUUUUAUUAUUAUUGCUAUGAAUAUGACUUAUGUUUAAUUUGUGUUGAUCGUGUGUAUAUUUAUUACAUGAGUAUCAGUCUGUACACUGAUUUGUAUUCACAUUUUGCCUCACCUUGACACAUUUUAUUUGUGUCUUAUUUCAUUAGUUUUUUGCUAUAGUAGUGAUUAUGUAAUAAAAAUUUUUGCGGAAAUAUGUGAAAAUGCUGAUGGCACUAAAAAACACCGGACAGGUCGGCGAUAAACCUUAAAAAAAAAACUCAAGACCUGCUGAAACUGACAACACUUAUUUUAACAUUAGUCUUUUGUUUACAUUAGUCAAGACAUUUUAAGAUUUUUGUUGUCAAUUUCCUUCUUUUUUUAAGGUACGUUGAAUCAAUUUACUCCCCACAAUACGGUUUCCAUUAACAGGAAGCUUCACUUCCUGUUUCCCAAACCUGACCUUAGCCAUUUGCCAACCUCCAGUUGUGCCCGAGCCUGAGAGCCAAUAGGAAAUGUGCUAAAUGUCCUAUCAGUGCCAUAUAACAGAGGUACUGUACUGUAGAUCGCUACGCUUUUAGAAGCAAGAGCACAACGUUAUAACUCUACCUUCCUCGCUGUUAUAACCUACUAACAUUCUUCAUGCAAGGAAACUCAGUCCUGGUUUGAUAAUGGUGGAUUCAUUUUGUUAAUUUAUUUAUUGAUUGAUCACCUACACAUGCCACUCUCUCUCUUUCUCUCUUAAUUUACACACCACCACCAUGCCUUUACUUCUCUCACCUCCAACCAUCUCUCUUUCUUGUUGCCUUCUUUCUGCAUGGCUCCCUGCCUUCCUGAUUUCUGGAUCAAAAGGCCUCUCCUCUCUUUCCAACCCUUCUCUCCCCCUCCCUCCCUCCCUCCCUCCCUCCGCUCCUCCCAUUCCUCAUAAAACCCUGACAAUGAUAGCAUGAGAUACUUUGUAUAAAGAGACCAGUUAAUUCAUAACAAAUUUUAAAAAGAAGCUUCACAUAAAUGCUGUUGAGAUAAUAACUUAAAAAAAUGUAUUCAAUAAAAAUAGCAAAAGAUGAAUAACAAAUUAUGGAGAAAAAACAAACAAAAAAAGAGUUUAGGAUGUGGAUAGCAGCAACAGAAGGAGAGCAAUGAUUGGUUCCUUGACAGGAUGGGGCGGGGUCAAACAAAAAAAUAUGAGUCAAAGUUUUGGAGGGUUGAAAGGUUAUGUAGGUGGCUUGGAAGAAAAAGUGUAUAUUUUGGGAUUCUUAGAAUUAAAACAGUCAAAAAGGACAAAAAAAAUCUACACCUAAAAUAAAUAAUAAAACCAAUGAAUGUGUUACAACAUUGACAACAAUGAUCAUUAUGAUCCUGUAAUAUUCUAAAAAGAGAAUAUUUAUUGUGCUUUGUAGCUGCAAAAAAAUGUUUUCUCUAUAUCUCCCUUUUUUAAAAUAAAGACGUUUUGUUAGUUCCAAUUUGACAGCGAGCUGAUUUGGAACCACGACGAUCUCAUACUGACCCCGUGUUGUUGUAAUGCUCUGUGCCCCGGGCCGCUCUCCGUUUACCGUUUUGCCUGUUUCCCUGCAUCAGAACCGUGUCCUCACUUUAGCCUGACUCAGAACGAUUAAAUAUAAUAUAAUAAUAUCUAUUUUUAUUAUUUCAGAAAAAAUUAACCACUUUCUUUGGGGAGAGCACGUUUCUCGCUGCGUCCGCUAGUUAGGGACGCCGCAUGUUCACACAUCAACGCUGUACAAAAUCAUGCUCCUUACUUCUACUUCUUCUCUGUCUCUUUUUCGUUUGACACACACCUUCCAGGUCGACAAUGAAAAGCACAGUUCUCACAUCACACACACACACACACACACAAUUGCUCGCACUUACACAAACACACACACAAUGAGUAGAUUUGGAAAUGUGUUAUCUGUUCAUACCUAAUCUAUGUUACCUCUCAUUUAUCUAUCUAUCCAUCUAUCUAUAUUGACCUCUCUUUCUUGCCUUCUUGAUUUCUAGUUUGGAAAAGAGAAAACAACUAUGUAUGAUAUACCUGUUUCUUUGGCAUUCUGUUCCUGUUACCUUCAUUAUUCUUUUUAAAUAGUUUUACCUCUUCUUUGUUCUGUUCUUUACCCAGUGGAUGCUUUUUUUCUGUGCAGCUCUCUCUCUCUCUCUUCUUUCUCUCUCUCUCCCUCUCUCUCUCUCUCUCUCUCCACCCUCUAUUCCUCUUUAGUGAAUGGUUGUUAUUUCAUGUGGGAUGUCCGUGCUGGAAAAACCAAUCGAAUGUAGUGUUUAC